AUGAUCAUUAUGGCUGACAAGAGCAAUGCCGACAGUGCUUCAAUAGACAUGCACUAUCCUCACAGCGUUACGUUACCGAGCUUGCAGACGAUGGCAACGGUGCAGAAGAACCCAACGAAAAAGAGGGUCCGGUUUGAUUUGGCUCCAAGCGAGACAAUCCACGAUAUUGCUUCAUCGACUGUCGUGGGAGUUGAAAUCAAUUACUAUAUCGACACUAAUCUGUGGUUCUCAGCUCAAGAGCUUCAGCAAAUUCGAGCACGAGAGAGCAUGUUCAUCAAGCUGAACCGACGAUAUUGCGAACACUACGUCCAGUCCGUCAGUUCUCUCUUCACGAAGGCCCGCCAGAACAUUUCGGAGCAGAGUUCGGGUGACAGUCUAGCCAACAACGACAACCAUGUGUCCCCGACGGUUCUUUCCUUGAUCUGCCAGAGUCCUGCACGGGGUCUGGAACGAGAUGUUAUACCCCGUUUCCGUCUUCGACGCAAAGAAGUGAUUCAAAAGUUCCUUACAUUACAAGCAAAACUACUGAUUAAGGAGGCCCUGCUCUCGACAGAAGAAUACGAAUGCCAACAACAUGCCUUGAGCCUGCACUAUGAAAAACUGGCUCGUCCUUCAGCUCGACUGGCCCAGUGGUUGGCAGUGGGAGAUGCGCAUGCAACCAGAGUGGAAGGGUUGUCUGGAGAGAAGAGACCCUGA